AUGGCAGCCCCCCGCACCUCUCAGAUUCAGAGGGUCCAUCACAUCCAGCUCACACUGCUAUUGUCUGCAGCCGUAGCAUCGGUCCAGGUCCCAGAGCCCUACCUCAGCCUGUCUAAUGAGAGAACUUCGAUUGAGAGGACGUAUGAGCUGACCAAGUACCUGGAGCAUCAGCUGAGAGAGAUAAAGGACACGUAUCUAUCCUACCUGGGCCCUCCGUUCAGUGAUCCAGACUUCUCCCCUCCACGGCCCAACAGCACGACCCUGUCCCUGCCCAGCGCCGCCACCCGUCUGGAGUUGUGGCGGGGAUUGGAGAACCGUGCCAGGCUGACCCAGAACCAUAGGGCUUACUCUGUCCUGCUGGGAGCGGUGAGGGAGCUGGCCCGCUCCACCCUCUGUCCCUACCUCCAGAGCUCCCUGCUGCACUUCUCUACAGGCCUGGACAGUCUUUUGGGGUCUAUAUCAAACCUCAUGAACACUCAGGGGUAUGCUCUGCCUCCUGCUGGGAUCGAGGCGCAGUACCUGCAGAGAGACACAGGGGGCGACAGAGAGGCAAUGGGACGCAGACCAUCUCCGCUGAUGAGUCAGGGUCUCUAUAAGGCAGGGGUGGAGGUGGGGCUAAUGAGGCAUCCUCUUGGUGAUCAGAGGGGUGCUGGGACCAUCAGAGGGGCACCGGCGCUGAACGACUUCUCCAGAAAGGUUGAGGGCUUCUGGGUACUGAGGGAACUGCAGAGCUGGCUGUGGCGCUCCGCCAAGGACUUCAACCGCCUCAAGAAGAGACUCCGAGUCUGA